CAACGAGUCUCAUGUGGUCCGUGGAUGAGACUGUUCUACAACAUGAUAUUGACGCAACUACUUAAGAUCAAUGCAACUUUGGUUGAUGACUAAGUGUUAAUAAUACACAUUGUAUUAUCAUGUGCUGUUUGCAAAUGUAAACAGGCAUUUUGGAAGCUUCAUACUCUGGAGCAUGAAGGCAAUUGUAUGGAAAUUUGACGUCCAACGUGAUGCUCACAAGGCGUGGGUGCGAUUUCCUGAUAAACCUGAAAUCCGCAGGGUGCUUUUUAACAGAAUUUGGUGGAGGAAUGAAGCUUGAGCCACAUAUUGGACCUUUGUUUGGGUCUGAGUGGAUGCUCUACUUUUUUUGAGGGCUACCUGUGGAGGGUUCCCUGCUUCGCCGGUUCUUCCCUACCCAGUUGUCACGUUGAGCGUAGCCCCGCACAGAGGCAGCAUGCUGGGAGUGGACGCCUGUGAGUUUGGGGGUCAGGUACUGGAGCUGCUGUGGCUAACUAUGUGCUAUAGAGGAUUCUUGAUGGACAAGAGAGAUUUGCCAUUGGAGGAGGAAGAAGACGACCGGAACCUCAACUACAAUCCGCCGGCUCAGAAAACUUUGCAGGAGAUUCAGGAACUGGACAAGGAUGACGAGAGUCUGGUGAAAUACAAGCAGACAUUGCUGGGGAAGCGACCUAUGAUGUCAGACUUCUCCGGCCCGAAUGUCCAGGUGACCAAACUGACCCUGUUAUUUGAUGAGCCAUCCGGAUCGGUCACCAUCAAUCUGACAGGAGAUGCUAACAGCUUGAAGGAGAAGACGGUCACCUUAAAGGAAGGAGUGAAAUACAAGCUGAAAAUACACUUUAAGGUCAACAAAGAAAUUGUGGCUGGCUUGAAGUACCAUCAUGUGACUUUCAGAAAAGGAGUCAAAUUGGACAAGGUGUCCUACAUGAUGGGCAGUUACUGUCCUCGUGAGAACGAACACGAGUUUGCGUUGCCUACCGAUGAGACGCCUCAAGGCUUGGUCUCGCGCGGCCUCUACCAAAUCAAGUCCCACUUCACCGACGACGACAAGAACAUCUACUCAACCUGGGACUGGAACCUGGAGAUCAAGAAGGACUCGGAUGAGUAGAGGUGCUCUUCUGGUUCCACUCUGUUUCUUGAAGAAAGUCUCUUCUUCUCUUGUCCCCCAAAGUGCAUCUUUGAUGCUUUUCUUCUUCUCUUAUCUGCAUCUAUGUACGCAACUCUCUUAAAAACACAAAAGGGACGCUUCGAGAAGUGUAGCCUUUGUCUUGCAUUGAAAAGAUUGUGAAAUUUCCAGAGAAGCCAUUCUCCUCAUGCCUCAUAUGAUGUCACUUAGCAACAGUGGAUCUUAUCAAACUGCAAGCGAAAUCUGUGAGAGAAAAAAAAAUGGAAAAGAUGCUAUUGCUGCGCCUAAAUGGUCUUGUUUAUUAUGUCAUAAAUUUCAUAAAUCGUUAGAAUCAGGUGCAGUGGACUGGAGUGCAGCACAAAACAACACGAGGAUUUAAUAACAUCCAAAAGAGGCAAACGAAAGAAAACAACACAUGCACAAUAACUUCUGUCUCAACUGGAAUAUUAAGUCCUUUUGUAAUUAAUUGCCGUAAUUAGAGCACAUUAUUCUGCUGACACAUAUUUCAUGUAGAUAAGUACAAACUUUGAAGUAGCACAUUACAUAUUAUGAGAACCACAUUUCAAAAAGAGCUAACCUCAUCACGUAGACCUUUUUUUUUUUUUGUGCAACGUUUUGCUUCUAAAGCAGAAAACUUUUCGGGUCUUUGAGAAGCUUUUUUCGGGCCAUUGAAAGACUUAAAGAAAACAAUUGGACUGUGUAUAGUGUAGAAAGAAUUGCAUGUGUAGGAUUUGAUACUUAUCACACUCGUUGGCCCCUGACCACAAUAUUAGGUACACCGGCAUCAUCAAAUGAUAUCCAAUGUAAGAGUUGCAUUGCAUGACAUGACAAAUAAGAAGAUAUUCGAUGUGAUUUGAUUCUGCCAGUGUGCCUCAACUCGGUGAGAAUGGAGAACAUUUUUAGACAUGUUCUGUAAAUAGGAAACAUACAUUCAGGUGUGAUUUAGUCAUCCCCAGUAGAAAUACUGACCCGUGUGGUAGACAGGAUAUUGACAAUAUUGAUGAACAAUGAAUUCAUUCAACUUGUUGUAAUUCAUGAAUAAUCGUAAACGUUGGCUUGUUUGGUGUUGCAUGGUUUAAUAAGAGAGAGUAUCUCUUUUGGUUUUAUACGUCAUUGUAAAAAGGUGGUUUGAAAAAAAAAAAAAAAAUCACUGUCAUAUCCAGGUGUUGAAGGUUGACUAUAAAUAUGAUCCAAAUGGAUCUUCGUUAAAGCAGGGCAAGCUGAACAGCGGCGGUCAAUUGAAUUGCGGAGCGAUCACUGUUCAAUAUCUGUGUCGAAUCUUGUAUGCUGUAUCUUUUAUUAAAGGCAAUUGAAAAGAA